AUGCAGUGGGACCCGCCCGCUGCUGAAGAGCCCGCUGCUGAAGAGCCCGCUGUCGAAGAGCCCGCUGUCGAAGAGCCCGCUGUCGAAGAGCCCGCUGCUGAAGAGCCCGUCGCUGAGGAGCCCGUCGCUGAGGAGCCCGUCGCUGAGGAGCCUGCUGUCGAGGAGCCUGCCGCUGAAGAGGUUAUUGCUGAGGCUGCCGUCGAGGAACCCGCUGCGGAAGUUUCUGCUGAGGAGCCCGUCGCGGAAUCCGUCGAUGAAGAAACUGCUACCGAAGCUGCCACUGAGGUGGUUACUGAAUCUGCAACUGAACAGCCUUCUGCCGUCAAGGAAAUCGCCGUCGAAGAGGCCGCUGCUGAGGUUGCUGGUGAAGGACCUGCUGCUGAGGCUGCUGUUGAAGAAAUUGCUACCGAAGUACCCGCCGCGGAAGCCGCUAGCGAUGAGCCUACAGUUGAGGAGCCUGCUGUUGAAACUUCUGCUGAGGAGCCUAUCCCUGAGGAAUCUAUUGUUGAAGCUGCCGUCGAUGAACCUGUUGUUGACAAACCUGCCAUGGAAGCUGCUACUGAGGAGCCUACCACUGAAGUUCCUGAUAAGGCCGUCACUGAGGAGCCCGCUACUGAAGAGCUCGCCAUUGACGUUGCAGCGGAAGCUGUUGCUGAAGAUUCGGUUACAGAAACUGCCGCAGCUAAAGAGCCAAUUGUUGAGGAGCCCACAGUUACUGAGGAAACUGUUGAAGAAGCACCGGUGGCUACUGACCCUGCUGUCGAGGAGCCGGCUAUUAAGGAGACUGCUGUGGUGGAACCCGUGAUCGAGGAGACUGUUGUGACAGAAGCUGUUGCCGAAGAACCUGUCGCUGAAGAGACUCCUGUCGAAGAAGCGCCCGCUGUUUCCGAGGUUGCUACUAAGGAGAUCGCCAGUGAAGAGCCUGCUGUUACUGAGGACCAGGUCAUUGAGGAGUCUGCUGCUUCUCAUGAAGUUCUUGCUGGUGAAGAGCCUACUCUUGCGGAGUCUGUCGCCGAGCUCGCCACGAACGAUAGCACUGAAGAGCCGGUGGUAGAAGAGCCUAUUGUAGAGAAAUCUACUGUGGUUGAGGAACAAGCUGUUGCAGAAUCUGUCGCUGAGGAGCCCGUCACUGAGGAGCCUAUUGUCGAAGAGCCUGUUGUCGAAGAGCCUGCUGUCGAAGAGCCCGCCGCUGAAGAGCCUGCUGUUGAAGAGCCUGCUGUCGAAGAGCCCGCCGCUGAGGUGCCCGCUGUUGAAGAGCCCGCUGCUGAGGAGCCUGCUGUCGAAGAGCCUGCUGUCAAAGAGCCCGUCGCUGAGGAGCCUAUUACUGAAGAGCUCGCUGUUGAGGAGCCCGCCGUCGAAGAGCCCGAGGAGCCUGUCGCUGACGAGCUCGUCACUGAAGAGCCUACCGUCGAAGAGCCUUCCAUCAACGGAACAGCCGCAGCCUUAGCUGGAGUCGCCGCAGUUGCUACUAUAGCAGCCAUGGAAUCGGUUGGAGAUGCAACUAAUGCCCAAGAAUCGGCCAUCGAAACGCUUGUUCCGAAGGAAGCACCGGUUGAGACUGUUCAGGAGGAACCCACGGCUGACACUUCUGUACAAGAAGAAUCUGCACCUGCCGAAGUGGCUACAGAGGAAACAAUUGUCAAGGAGGCUCAAGAAGAGCGAAUUCCCGAAUCGCCCACAGUCGAACCUUCAACCUCUGCUGAGGCAACCUUGCUGACUCCUCCCCCAGAGAAGGCGGAUGAGGAACCUUCUGCACUUCCUGAGUCUGAGACUGUUGAUACUCAAAAAGAAGUCUCUACCGUUGCCGAGCCUCUCACUCCCGUGGAAUCUGUGACGUUCACAAAUGGUGUACACGCCGAGGAGACGCAAGAAGAGGCUCAGGCCGUUGCUCCUGUAGAGUCAGCCGAGGUAGACGUCUCGGUGCCGGAGGAGGAAGCUGCCCGUGAAGAGGGUAGUGGUUUCUCCGCAGUGCUUGGAGCCAGUGCGGCUGUCGCUGCCGCUGGUGCAGCCAUGGCUGGAGUGGCCGUUUUAUCGGAAGACCAUAGCAGCAAACCCGUGCGGGAUCAGGCCAACGUGCCUCCCGCCGAUGAUGAGACUGCCAGUCCUGCCGCCUCUCAACUCCAACCAACAGAAAGUAAGCAGUUUCAGCCAUCCAUCGCACACGAACCGCCAACCCCUGAGCCCGAAGCUGAUCCAGCCCUUGUAGCACUCGCCGGCGAUGGUGAGGCCCUCCUCAGAAAGCUCGAAUUACCGUCCACCGAACAGCUUGCCCCGGGUCCCAGUGGAUAUGAAUCAAACGCCGACGUCGAGGAAGACUUUCACACCCCGGUCACCAAGGAUUUGAUCCAGGAACCGCAGCCCCCGGCGCCAACCGUGGAAGAUGCUUCUCCCUCUUCAUCAGAACCCAGUUCUGAUAAGGCAUUGGCCAAUAAUGGUGAUGGGGACGCUCGUCCUCCGAGUCAGAAUCGGUCAGUCACAGCUGUUUCCCUGAGUAGUAAGCACGAUAGCUGGCUCAAAGCCAUUUUGCGCACGGUCUUUGUCAGCUUCAUUGGCAGCAUUUUUGCACCGUUUCGGCGCCGUGGAAGAGCAUCCCAGUGA